AUGGCUAGAAGAUAUCGCGACGCCGCUGCAAAAUUGCAGCAAAAUGUCCAAAAACAUUUGCAAGUUAUGAAAGAAGUGUCUUCUUCCGAAGACGACGAACCAUUCGACCAAAAUGUUUUGGACGGAGUUUUCCAGAGCUACUGGCGUGGGGGUGGUGACAAGCAGAUGCUGAAUAGAACGAAGAAUCUUCUAGAAGAAGCGAUAAGCGGACGGUCUGUGACAUGUUUAAUUUGCAUCGGAUCCAUCAAACGUGCAGAUGCAAUCUGGACUUGUGACCAUUGCUUCUCAUAUUUUCAUCUUUCGUGUAUACAAAAGUGGUCAAACGAUAGUAUAAGUCUACGCAGUGAAGAAAAUCAUGGUCCCAUUGCUGUGUUUAAGCCGAAAAAAAUCGAAUGGUGCUGUCCGAAAUGUCGACAAUCGUACAGUAAGGAGGAAAUACCUCGGAAAUAUCGUUGUUUUUGCGGUAAGACUGACGACCCUCCUUACCAUCCUUGGUUAAUACCCCACACUUGCGGAGAGGUGUGCGGCAAGAGGUUAUCCACCGGAAACAACUGUUUACAUAAAUGUCUUCUACUCUGCCAUCCCGGCCCUUGCCCUCCAUGCCCUCAGACAGUAAACGGAGUUUGUUACUGUGGCAAAGAACAUAAGAAAGUAAGGUGCAGUUCCGGUAAAUGGUCUUGUAUGCAACAGUGCAAAAAAUUGUUACCUUGUAAAUCGCAUACAUGUGAAAACACAUGCCACUUAGGAGAUUGCCCCCCUUGCAAUUAUUCAAGCCUCCAGUCUUGUCAAUGUGGUGCUGAGAAGACUAAACGACCAUGUAACGAUUUAAAAUGGCAGUGUAAGAAGCAAUGUGAUAAGAUGUUUUCUUGUGGGUAUCAUAAAUGUGUAAAAAUAUGUCAUACAGGUAGCUGUGGGACUUGUCCUAACUCGGGAAUUAUGUCUUGUCCCUGUGGAGCCAACCAGCGUUUCAUCCAGUGUCCUGAUUCCAUUGAGACCUGCGUAGGUACUUGUGGUAAAAAACAUGAAGACUGUGAGCACAAUUGCCCAGCGAAAUGCCAUAAAGGGCCGUGUCCACCCUGCCAAGUUUUGAUUGAAAAGAAGUGUCACUGUGCAACACACACUAGAUCACUGCCAUGUAGUAAAGAGUUUAGAUGUGAAACAAAAUGUAGAGGCACUAGGAUGUGCGGUAAACAUGGAUGUGGAAGAAAAUGUUGCAACGGAAACUGUCCACCGUGUGAAAAGGUGUGUGAUAAACCUCUACAGUGCGGUAGACACAAAUGUACUACAGUCUGCCAUCAUGGCCCUUGCUAUCCUUGUCCCUUAGAGUCAAAAGUUACAUGCCGUUGCAAGGAAACCUUUGUAACCGUACCAUGCGGUAGAGAAAAGCACACAAAACCACCUAAAUGUAAUCUCCCUUGCAAAAUUAAGUAUAAAUGUGGUCACGUAGAUGAAAAUAAACACACGUGUCAUUUUGGUGACUGUCCACCGUGCAAAGCUAUUUGUAAUAGGACAUAUGAAAAAUGCAGCCAUAACUGCAAAGCAGUGUGCCAUGAGUAUGUUUUGGUCGUAUUUAAACAGGUGGAAAAACCGGCUACACCAUGGGAAGCUCAACCGCCAAAGUCUAAAAUAGUAGCCAUCGAUUGCCCACCAUGUGAAACCCCUGUAACAGUCACAUGUUUUGGGGAACAUGAAACAGACAGACAACCUUGUCAUAAAGCUUGUCGACGACCUUGCGGUAGAGAGUGCGGGCGACCACUGGCUUGCGGUAACCAUUCAUGUGAACUGCUAUGCCACUUGUAUCAGUAUGAUCCUGACUACCCAAACGUGCCUUACACUUGCAAAUCGUGUAACAGAGAGUGUUCAGUUAUCCGUCCAGCAAAAUGUACUCACAAAUGUGCAAAACGAGGCUGCCACCCGGGCCCUUGUCCUCCGUGUGAUGUGUUAGAGCGAGUGCCGUGCUAUUGCGGUAUAACAGAUCUUUAUAUGCGUUGUCGUGAACUUUCGACAGCAACAGACGAAAUGCUCAGUUGUAAACAGCAAUGCUCAAGAAAUCUAGACUGCGGUCACCGUUGUAAAAAUUUAUGUCACUCUGGGCCUUGUGGGCAGAACCAGACUUGUAUUAAGAAGACUAAAAUUCACUGCCCUUGUGGUAAUUUGAAGAAAGAAGCACCUUGCAACUCUAUUCGAAAGGGCGAUGUAUCUGUUAAAUGUGAUGAAAGUUGUAACGCUAAAAAGUUAGCAGCAAAAUUAGAAAGAGAAAAAGAAGAAAAGAGAUUGAAAGAGUUAGAGGAAGAGAGAAAUCGUAAAGAAUUAGAAGAAUACGAAUGGAAACUGAGUGGAAAAAAGAAGAAAUACAAAGAGAAAAAAGUUGUCUUAAAUAGAGAUGAUCGUAACAUGUUACAGAAAUAUUGGGUUCCUAUUUUGUCAUUAGUUGUAGUAAUACUAGCUGGUAUUUAUUACGUUUAUAAUGUCUAGAAUUUAAGGACCCAUUUCAUAUACAUUACCAAAAUAUAGUUAGUGGUUAGUCAUUACUUCA